AUGGCUCGAGAAGCUAUUUCUAGAGGUUCUUUCAUUUGUUGGUACCUUUGGCGUGCCCGGAAUGAGCAGGGGGUGCUUCAAACUCCUCUUCGGUUGGCUUGGGGAACGAUAGUUCUCAUCGAUGUUCUUUUUGGACUCCCGAUGGGCUCGGUUAAAGCAAAUUGUGAUGCGGCUUUCACUGCUGAGACGGGUAGGGGAGGACUGGGAAUUAUUUUUAGAGACCAUUCUGGUGCUUUGGUGAAGGCUCGCUCCAUCCCUCUUGUUCUUGGUUCGAUCAUCCAAGGAGAACUGCUGGCGAUUCGUGAUGCUCUACUUCUGGCUUUAGAGCUGGGAUAUGAUAACCUUGUGGUGGAAUCGGAUAGCUUGGAUGCUAUUCUUUUUGUUGAGGGGUCAAAGUCCCCAGGGUGGGAAGUGGAGGACUUAGCAGUGGACGUGACUACGCUAAGGACUUCUUUUUCCUCUGUUAUCUUCUCUUUUGUUCCUAGGGCUAUGAACUGUGUCUCGGAUGCUCUAGCAAGGAAGGCGCUGUCUAUUGGGUACAUGACAGAUUGGCCAAACUCCAUUCGGUGGCUUCAGGACCUUUGUGUGACUGAUGCCACUGGUUGUACUCACCCCUCUCAUCAAUAA